AAGAAUCAGUUUUAAAUUUAUAUUACACCCUCAAUCUAACAACGGUCAAAGUAACUUUUUCCAAUAAAAUAGGAAUCUCGUAAAUAACAACAAACUCCAGCCUCAAAUUAGUAUUCAAAAUUUAUGCUGUUUGGAGUUCACUUAUUUAGUUUGCGCUGUCUUUUUGCCUCACCUCCUAAUGUUCAACUUUCAUCACCACUUUUAUAUCUAAACUACAAUUUCAAUACGACCAUGUAGGGAAAUGAGAAAAUGAUUUUUUCUUUUUUGGAUCAGCAUUAAAGCUGCUCGUGCAUUUUCUUAUCGCCUGUCCUUUGACGUGGAGUGAACCUUUUGUACCCUGCUGCCAAGUUGCUCGAGUCAUUUGAAACGCCUGAUUAAGAAAUUGAUGAGAUGGAAAACGUGGAAAGUGGUGGUACAGCACAAACGGAUUUCAUCUAUUGCUAUGGAGCCAUCACAGAGGUUCUAAGAUGUGGCCCUCCUUACUUACACAAUGGACAUAAAGUGCUUGUUUUAGUUAUUCCUGGUAACCCUGGUGUAGUGGGAUUUUACAGAACAUUCAUACAAACACUUUAUGCUCUUUUUGGCUGCCACCACCCAGUGUGGGCUGUGAGCCAUGCUGGUCACUGCAUGCCUCCUGAAUCCAUGGACAUGGUGGAAGAUGCCGACUCAACGACUGAUAUGGACACGUUUGGUCUGAACGGUCAGAUAGAACACAAGCUGGCCUUCAUCAGGAAGCAUGUCCCAAAGGAGAAAACCCUCAUCCUGGUGGGACACUCCAUUGGCUGCUACAUAAGUUUGGAAAUAAUGAGGAGAGAUCCCAGUCUUAAGAUUGUGAAGGCUGUCAUGCUGUUCCCAACUAUUGAACGCAUGGCACAGACUCCCCAGGGGAAGACUAUGACCCCUGUGCUCUGUCACAUGCGGUACAUCGUCUACCUGUCAAUUUUCCUGCUCUCCCUCCUGCCUGAGACACUCAAACGCAGUCUGGUCAAACUGGUUUUUGCUGGCAUUGGUUCUCUGGACAGCUCAGUUGUCCAGCCGACUGUCGGCCUCCUCAGUGGCGAUUCUGCAGCUAAUGCUGUGUACAUGGCGGGGCAGGAAAUGAGGAAGGUUUUGCAACGAGAUAACGUGACCAUUAAGAAAAACCUUGAAAAGCUCAUAUUUUAUUAUGGAACAACAGACCAUUGGUGUCCUGUGCAAUACUAUCAUGAGAUCAAGGAGGACUUCCCAACCGGAGAUUUUAGACUUUGUGAAAAUGGAUUUCGUCAUGCUUUUGUACUGGACACUGGGAGAGAAGUUGCGAGAAUGAUAGCAGGAUGGAUCCAGCCUCAUUUGAGGAUUUGACAUGUUGUAUCUGCCUCUCCAUUCUGUGCACUCAUUAUCUGGGAUGAUAAUGCUGAUCGUCGGUGAGGCUUAUUUGUUAAAUGGCUCUGAAAGUUAAAGAGAGAGAGAGAGGCUAACCUUUUGCACUGGUGCGCUCAAUCUCUUGCCUUGGGUGCGCCAGCACAAAAGUCAGGUGUACCCUAAUUUUCGACUGCAUUGUAACAUCAUUUACCACCUCAAUUUUUUAAGUUCAUUGUUUAAAAAAAAAAAAAUUCUGCCUGUCUUUUAAGGCCAACAAAAUGGUGAUCAUCAUUCUUUAUUUGAACUACAUUUCCACAAGACAGGUAACUCAGUGAGUGUUGUUAAUGACUUUUGAACAGGCCGGGCUUUAACGUGACAUUUAAGAAGUCGACAAUCGUUCUCAUCAUCCACAGCUACUUCAACUCUAUUUCUGAUGAGCGUAGGUCACUCUUCUAGGCCCGUGACAAUAACAGACUUUUGGAAUGAUAGAACUCGGGAUCAACUAAUCCAGGGGUGGGCAAUUAUUUUUUGCAUAGGGCCACAUGAGAGCCAGAAAAUAUUAUGGAGGGCCGGAUCAAAAGGGUGAACUAAAUUCGACAUAAUAUUAAUUGAAUUUCUUUAUUUAAAAAGCAGUAUUGAGCAUUUUUUGGCACGUUUUUCAGACUUUAAGAGUACAUUAUUCCGUCGUAUCGAACAGGAUUUGCUUGACUUGGCGCUACUGCGGGCUUCCGUAUCGUUUCCCCACUUCCUCCCAAUGCUCUGCAACUUCAAGUAACUGUGCCACCUGGCGUUGAAAUGCCUGUCAUUGCAAGUCCAAAUGAAAUGAAUGCAGUCAUUGACAUCGAACAUUAAUUGUGUACCAACCUUCGACGGGACGGAUUAAAAAGACAAACGGGACAGAUUUGGCCCACGGGCCGUAGUUUGCUCACCAGUGAACUAAUCCAUGGUAAUUUUGUGUUUGAUGUAACGGCGCCAUCCACUCAUGUGGGCAAGUUCGACAAUGGCGCAGCAACAUCCGGCGGAUUACCAAGAAAAUUGCCCAUCUUCCACUCUGACUGCAGUAAAAAGUGUAAUGUUGUGGGUUACAAUAAAUAAAGAUGAUUUCUUGGAGAUCUUAA